GUUCCACUCCCAUUCCUCAACAGAGGACGGUCCUCCACCUGCGAGAGAUUUCACUUCAUAAGUAGCAACACUGGCAGAAGGACUCGUCUUCACGGAGAGAACUCCAACAGAGAGGAGGAAGCUUCAAGUCUGCGCGUUUUUCUUUUUCUUUUUUUGGAGUUUCACCUCAUUGGCGUCUUUCCACAGACCUGAUGUUUAUUCACACGUCGAGAAAUCUGUCUUUGGGAGUUUCGUGAAACUAAACUAUGAUCCGUGGCGGCGUUGAGGAAUGUCUCCUGUAUUUUUGUGUGGCACAAGAACACCCAAACGCCUACGACCUGGUCAGGGAAAGAGCGGAGCUCCUAUUUGGAUUAUGUGUUUAACCAAUGUAAACAUAUGGAAGAAAUAAAACAGUGAGCACAUGGGAAAACCACCGGGGAUGAAUCGCUGCUUUUUGAAGGUUUUGACAGCUUUAAUUACAUAUUUAAUGGAGACACACUACAGAGUUGUGGAUGCAAAGGAGCACGAUUCCAGAUCAUCCUCCAACCUGUCUCCAUCAGAUUUUCUGGACUCACUCAUGGGACGCACGUCAGGGUAUGACGCACGAAUCAGGCCGAAUUUUAAAGGUCCACCAGUAAAUGUUACCUGCAACAUAUUUAUCAACAGCUUUGGUUCUAUAGCUGAAACUACAAUGGAUUACAGGGUGAACAUUUUCCUACGGCAGAAGUGGAAUGACCCCCGGCUAGCAUACAGUAAAUACCCAGAUUCUUCCCUCGACCUAGACCCCUCCAUGUUGGACUCCAUAUGGAAGCCUGACCUCUUCUUUGCCAAUGAGAAAGGAGCCAAUUUCCACGACGUAACAACAGAUAACAAGCUGCUGAGGAUCUUCAAGGAUGGGACGGUUCUCUACAGUAUCAGGUUGACUCUGAUUCUGUCUUGUCCAAUGGAUUUGAAGAACUUUCCAAUGGAUGUCCAAACUUGCACAAUGCAGCUGGAAAGUUUUGGCUACACUAUGAAUGACUUGAUCUUCGAGUGGCUGGAGAAUGGUGCAGUGCAGGUGUCAGAUGGGCUCACAUUGCCUCAGUUCAUUAUGAGGGAAGAGAAGGAGCUCGGCUACUGUACCAAACACUACAACACUGGUAAAUUUACCUGCAUAGAAGUUAAAUUUCAUCUGGAGCGGCAGAUGGGAUACUACCUGAUCCAGAUGUACAUCCCCUCCCUCCUCAUUGUCAUCCUCUCAUGGGUGUCUUUUUGGAUUAAUAUGGAUGCUGCUCCUGCCAGAGUGGCGCUGGGGAUCACCACUGUGCUUACCAUGACUACACAGAGCUCCGGCUCCAGAGCUUCUCUUCCAAAGGUCUCUUACGUGAAAGCCAUUGAUAUCUGGAUGGCUGUGUGUCUGCUCUUUGUAUUUGCUGCAUUGCUGGAAUAUGCUGGGGUUAAUUUUGUCUCCAGGCAACAGAAAGAGUUCCUUCGCCUGAGGCGAAGACAAAGGAGGAAUCACAAGGAUGAUGACAUGCAUGAAGGCCGCUUUAAUUUUGCUGGCUACAACACGAGUCAGUGUCUGCCAACAAAGGAUGGCUCAGCUGUUAAGAACGCUGCUCCAGCUCCGAACCCUCAACCUUCAGUCCCGAAAGAUAUGGACACCAUGAGGAAGAAGUUUGUGGACCGAGCCAAGAGGAUAGACACGAUCUCCAGAGCUGCUUUUCCUCUGGCCUUCCUCAUCUUUAACGUCUUUUACUGGGUUACCUACAAGAUCAUCAGGCACGAGGACAUCCACAAACAGUAAAUGUGACGAACAUUUACUCCUCAUUUCUCAGAUUGAGAAACUCUCAGACAGCACAGUAAGAUGAGUCGGGGGGACUGUGCAGUGAGAGGCACCAUGGUGAUAACAGAGGUGUUCUUUCAGGGAUUAUGUAUAAUGUUCAUGUAUUAGACAGUGAUGCUCAUGUGCAGAUAAUGUGAACAGCUCUUGGGACACAGAUGUUUUUUGUUGUUGUUGUACUGCUGCAUUAUAUUUCCUGACUAAAUCUGGAAAAUGGUUUAACUCAAGGAUAGAAUCAUGCUUGAAAGAUGGACCAAUGUUUUUUAAAUCACUCCUUCCCUGAUGUCCGUACAGCCAAGGAGCAAAGACACAUUCCACGGAUUUCUAAGAGUAAGGUAGCUUAGUCUGACUCCCAAAAACUUUUGUCUUGACUUAAAGGGUAUUUCUUAACAAGGAUAGGACUGUUUUGUAUCUUGGUACUUCCUCUUGGUUUCUUCUUCAAUCAGAAAGCACAUACAGAUGUGUACUUCAGACAUCAGGCAGUAGCACACAUACAUUUUAAGCAUUAGUGUGAUCAAACUCUGGUUUAGGAAUUGGAUACUGCAUUUUUCUGAAAUACCGGAGGCCUUAGAUAUCAAAGAUUUGAUGAGGUGAAGAGUUGUGCUUCUCUAUUUUUGCAAGAACUUGCUCUUGUUCAGUGGUCUCUCAGAGCUGAUGCAGCAUUUUAGCUUUUUCUACCUGUGGCCAGACAUCCAAAGGAACUUGUAUUAUAUAAAUCAUGUUUUUGGACAACUGAUGUCACUUGAAAGUAAAGCGGUUUUCACAUAUGCACUCCAGCUGCCCCUGAAAUCAUUCUAAGAAUGUUUUUACA